UAAACCCCCGUGUUCUUCCGGGUAUACGCUGCGGUUUCUAUUCUGACGUUCAUUUUCUGUAUUUUGGAUAAAGCAGUUAUAUUUCUACUCCCACGGAGUAGUUUAACUUACACCCAGCUCAUUUUUCUUUUUGUUUACCGCCUGUGGUCAUUUUUAACCAAUGAUAAGUAUAACUUUUACUAAGACAUUAUUUACCUACACACUCAGCUGGCUAUUACCGUAUUUUAUUUACGCACAGGUAACGUUGGUAUUAAUAUGUAAUAUGGCGCUAACAAAGCAUCAUGAACAAGAUGCAAAGCGCCUCACAGUGUAGCCAAGUUAAAAAUAAGUGGGUGUAGUUGAAAUAAUGAGCAGUGAAGUCUAAACUGCACAACAAGACGAGAUCCAGUGUUCAGAGAGGAGACUUUGCAAUGUCAGUGUUGUCCUCAAGUAGCUUCUCUUCUGCUGCCCUGACAGGUCAUGUAAGGACAGGUUGGCAGACAGCCGGGUUUGGAAACGGAUGAAUUCACGGCCCGUUUGAAACGUUUUUCAGUACCACUUUUUUCCUGGACAGCGCAUAACUCAAACCACAUCAUAAGUCUUAUAUUUUAGUGGUAGAAUAUCGUAUAUUUUUGCUAAUUUUCCGAAGAUCACUGACCGCCGAGAGUCGCUGAGGAAUGACGUCAGCACGUAUCAGUGAAUGAUGACGCCGUUUGAUCAUUAAAAAAAAUCAGCCGUUAAAAAAUAUCAGAGAAUUAGGUCAGCACAUUAACACAGCACCAACGGCCAUACAAUGAGUGUAAUUACCGUGUUUUAGAUUAUAUAAGUUAGCCACAAAGGCGCGACCCGGGCAUUAAUAACCUGCUCCGACGAGGAGAGAGAUGUCCGGCGUUUCCAGCAUCUGCAGACGGGAGCCGUAGCCGUUAGACCGGUCCGUCUGUCUGUCUGCCUGGUUUUGGAGACCCGCAAGCCCAAAUAACGUGAACGCUAGCUGCCGUAGUCCCGGCCAGGCUGGGGCUGAAUGGUUAGCCGGGGAAAGGAGACACAUCACCGGACAGAACCAGAAGGCUGCUCUGCUGAGACCCAGGAAAUUACUCGUCGCCUCGUCUCGACAGCCUGGUAGCAACACAGUGCACAUUUCAGUAGUUCCAAAAUAAAUAAUCCAAGGAUUCAUGUCGCAUGUGAGCAAAACCACCUGACCAAAGACAUGUGAGCCUCAACCCUUCUGUCCCAGAUCUUCUUCACCCUGAGUAAAAGUAGGCAGAAUUUGCUUUGACGAUGUCGAGCCGCCGGAAAUCGACCACACCUUGCAUGGUGCUGCCCUCUGAUGUAGUGGAACAGGAAGAGGUAGAAGAGAAAACAGAAAAGGCAAAGGAGGAAGAGGCGGAGGAGGAGGAGGGGAAGAUAAAGGAGGGAGCAGAGGAGGGGCCGACUGCAGAGGAGCUGAGUCAGGCAGUAGUGGUUGUCCCCACCCCUCCAGAUACAGAUGAGCCCAGUAUCUCUGCUGUAGAGGACAGUGAAGUCCUUGCCCCCUCACUCAAACGUAGUGCUACAAACCCUCCAGAGGAUCUGAGCAGUGAACAGCCAAACCAGGAGCAACAGUGUGAUACACCCGAGGAGGGAGGAGCAGACCCUGCCGCGGUGGCUGCCAUUUCCCUCAGCAAGACCCCCAUUAUGAGGAUGAAGACCAAAUCUGAACCCAAGAGGAUCGCCGUGUCCCUGAAAUCAGCAGAUGAGGCGGUGGAAGGUUUCGGCGUUGGUGGCGAGGGAGAAGUGGGAGGAGAGCAGGAACCCAUCGAAGCUCCUCUUGGGCCGAUGACGCCUGUGGAGAUGCUGCUACACGACUCCAUGAAGCUCGGGGGAGGCGGCUUGCUGGUUAACCAGUCCUCAGAUCAGCAGAGGAAAUCAUCAACUUUAAACCCCACAGUUCUGCCUGCUGGACUGGCACAGGUGCUUUCUGCUUUCCAGGCCCAGCAGAAUGCAGCAGCAGCAGCAGCUCAGCCUCAGCUGUUGAUUCCCCUCAGUAGUAUCCCCUCCUACAGUGCAGCUAUGGACACCAACCCCCUGCUGGGUAGCACAUACAAGAAGUUUCCUUACCCCUCCAUGGCUGAGAUUAGCAGCUUGGCAGCACAGACACAGUUCACAGAGGAGCAGAUCAAGGUGUGGUUCUCAGCCCAGCGGCUGAAGCACGGUGUGAGCUGGACUCCAGAGGAAGUGGAGGAGGCCCGGAGGAAACAGUUUAACGGCACGGUGCACACUGUGCCUCAGACCAUCACUGUCAUACCUGCUCAUCAGCUCUCGGCAGCUGCCAAUGGCCUGCAGUCUAUUCUUCAGACCUGCCAAAUAGUGGGCCAGCCCGGCUUGGUGUUCACACAGGUCGGCCCAGGGGGGCACCUUCCAGUGACCAGUCCCAUCACUCUGACAGUGGCAGGGCUGCCCAGCCAGUCCCAGAGCUCCAGCAGAGUUUCCUGCCAGCCCACCCCAACAAACAGUGAGCUGAAACGGGCUACCACUGUCCAGCCUCCCUCUCUUUCUCCACAGGAGAACUCAGCCCUCAGUGCUGACACAUUCAGUUUGCGGCCGAAGAAGUCCAAAGAGCAGCUGGCAGAGCUGAAAGCCAGCUACCUGAAAAACCACUUUGUCACUGAUGCAGAAAUCGCCCGGCUGAUGAAGCUCACCAACCUCACAAAGGGAGAGAUCAAGAAAUGGUUCAGUGACACCAGGUACAAUCAGCGCAACUCCAAAAACAGCCAUGUCAUUGUUUUCCACGACGGAGGGGGCAGAGGAAGUGGCAGCUGUGGUAGUACUGCAAGCACCGCCAUUGUUAUUGACUCAAGUGAUGAGACCCCCACAUCUCCCCAUCCUCCGCGCACUCCUCCUGUGAAGGAAAAGGAGACACGGACCAAAACAUGGAAUACGUUCCCAGAUUUUACCCUGCAGAAGUUUAAGGAGAAGACUCCAGAGCAGCUGGUGGUGCUGGAGGAAAGUUUCGAGAAGAGCAGCACCCCAUCAGAUGAAGAACUGAGCCGCCUGAGGACAGAGACUAAACUGACGCGGAGGGAGAUUGAUGCCUGGUUCACUGAGAGAAGAAAAAUGCCAUCUGUCAGUACUUCCUCCCCGGAUUCUUCAGAGGGAGGAAAGAUGGAGACAGAGGGAGCAAAAGUAGGAGAAGGAGCAGGACCCAGCUCUUCCUCUCCUACUGCCUCCACAUCUCGUAAAGGUAGUCAAACUCCUCCAGGCGGUCGCAGUAAGCAGCUGCCAAGCAGCAGCAACAAAGACAUGAAAGAUAAGAGUAAAAAGACUCCGGAGCAGCUCCAUAUUCUGAAAAGUGCCUUUGUGCGGACCCAGUGGCCCACACCAGAGGAGUACGACCAGCUGUCAGAGGAGAGCGGCCUCCCUCGGUCCUACAUCGUCAGCUGGUUCGGGGACUCUCGGUACUCGUGGAAGAACAGUAACUUAAAAUGGUUCUUUCAGUACCAAAGUGGCAAUGUGGAAGGGCCAAAUGUCGGAGGAAGCAAUAAAAUGGGAAGCAGCGGUGGUGGCGGUCGAAAAAGACGUGGUCGAAAUCGUGGUUGGGGGCGGUCUCGAACCAGAAAGCAGCCAAGAAGGUCUGCCUCCUCCAGUGCAGAUGUGGAUAGAUUUCCCCCAUCGAAGAAAUUCAAGAGUGGGAGGGAGAUUCUGAAGGAGUACUACAUGAAGUACCGUUUUCUCAAUGAGCAGGACCUGGAUGAGCUCGUCGCUAAGACCAACAUGAGCUACGAACAGGUGAGGGAGUGGUUCGCCGAGGUCCAGCGACGUUUGGACAUGGGGGCAGAUCCCUUCAUGGAGGCGACUGGAGGAAGGACAGAUGGAGAUGAAGCAGGAGAGGGAGGGGUUAUGCAAGGAGAGGCGUCGAUGGCCACGGAGGAACAGAGCGGCACAGGAGCGGGAGACGAGGACGAUGACGAUGAAGGAGAUGAGGAGGACGACGGCGAUGAUACGGACGACAGUGAGGUUUGGGAGCCGUCACGUAGCGUCAGGAAAUCCUUGUCGGUCUCUGAAGACUAAUGAUUGUGGAGAGCACGGUGAAACAUUACAGAAUGUUACAAGAGAGAUGGUGGUAUGGUAGAUGCUGGAAGACAGUUAGCUAAACCAUGUCCUUUUGCCACUGAUUUGCAUCAUGUGCUCAUUCGCAAUAUGAAUUCACUGUAUUUAAAUAUUUCUGACAUCACGUCUACGUGAAACUAACACAUGGACUCUUAGCUUUAGCUCACUCUCUCAAUACUUAUCGUAUUCACUGUAAGUAAUUUGUAACAAUUCAAAAAAGAAUCAUGUGAAAGAAGCAAACUUCGAUAAAGCCUAAAAAACAAAUGUUUUGUCUAAAAGAAUACCAUAAAGUGCAAUCUUCAAGCUGAAGAUGAUGAAACCUGUUGAGAUGAAAUAGGUACCUUAAAAGAUGGUGUAUCCAGACACAUUGAUACAUUUGAUUGCACCUGAUAAAUACUGUGAGAUUUAUUAUCGCCCCUUGUUAAAUUUGCACUCCUUGCUUGCUCAAAUGGAGCCAGGGAGGGAGAUUUAUUUAGUUAUGCUGCAUUUCUUUGGAGCCUGUUUUGUGCACAGCAGGCCUAAAUUCAAACUUCAGUCUCCAGUGUUAUGAAUGUUCCAUCCCUGGUCCCAAACUAACAGCACACACACACACACACAUACACACACACACAUAAAAAAAGACUCAUAUGUGUGUUUACAAAGGUGCUUAAAAUUGUAUCACAACUAGAUGUCACUGCUGAGCAAUGUCUCCAGUGAAACAGCAUACAUCUACUUGUGGAACUGCUUGAUUUUACAUGUUACAGUAUCUUUUCUUUCUAGCACCUGUGAAGAUCAUUGCAAGGACCGGAUGUGAAUCAGCAGGUUGUUUGAGCUGAUCGAUAAUGACACUGAAAGUCGGGUGUUUUAUCUCCCAAAGAUAAACGCCUCAAACGAUACGAGACAAAGCACCUUACUGCUGAACGAAUGCCAAUGCCGUGAUGCUUUUAAAACACAGGAUGUCUACUCAAGUCUUCCCUUUAUAGCAGCUUGUUCUUUCAUUAGUAUUAAUAGUAGAUAGAUUUUUUUUAGCUGAACACAUACAGAUCUGAUGGAAAAACGCCACAGUGUGUGUUUGGUAUGCACUGCUAGUAAUGUUUUUAAAGUAAUUUUUCACCUUUUGAUAGAACACAUCCUGUGCUAAGGGUGAUUCAGACAGUAGGCUGUUGUUCCAAAGUUGAAUGUGUUGUCUCCCAAGCAGUGAGCUGCAGUUUACAAGGCACCAUAUGUGAACAAAAUAAUGGCCACUGUGAGGCAGACAUUUGGGUCCACCGAAAUAACAAUAGAACUGAUAUAGUUUGCUGCAGUGUUUUGCUGAGAAUGAACUCGAGGUGGGUUUCUGAUGGGUACAAUUGAUGGUCUGAACUGGGGAAUGCAGCAUUGCAAAGUUUUUCCCAAACCAUGUAAAUGUAAGCACCAGCUGCAGCCCUGUUGUAAAUUAAAGUAAGUCAAUCCAUGAGUUGUCACCUUGACUGCAAUCACCACCAAAUCACCAACACCUUGCCUUUAGGUUUGGGCUCAUCUGCUCAUGUCAAAAACAAGGCCUGUGAAUCUUUUUGGGUCUUGACCCGUACUUUAAGAAAUACUGUUAAAAUGGAAACAGACACCCCCUCCCAUCAUAUCUUAGUGGUAUUAUCUUUGGCACCACUGUCACAAAACCAGUCAUGCCUUGAUGGUAACCCCAGAUUCGCAAAAAUCUGAAACAUGACAUUUUAUGUUACAUGUUUCAAGUCAUUCUAACCUAAACCAUCAUCUUUCCCUAACCCUAAUCAAGUGCUUUUGUGCCUAAACUUAACCAGACCUUAACCACAGCAUUGACACGCCAUAAAACAGUGAGAUAACAAUAUACUGCAGCUGCUCACGAGAAUUUCACAAAUCUAGGGUUACCAUUUAGCCAUGACCCGCGAAGACAUCCAGAUUGCUUUCUGUUUUCCUCAGAGCCUAGUGAAAGGGCGCCUUUUCUUUUGCCUGGUAGAGUUUCCACAGUUACUUCGGCUGCUUCGUGGUCUGCCAUUUCCACUAAACUAACUAGUAGAUAGUAAGUGCAUAGAACUUAUACUGAUACUCUUUGAUAACUGGGGAUAGCUACCAAUAGCUAGAACAGGAAAACAUAAGCGCCAUCCUCUUCCUGUUUCGGUAGUGCAAUGGUUGAUGCACUUCCUUUGUGCCGUAAAUGGAGCCUUCAUUUUCCCUGGAGAUGGUGCCGGGUGGCAGACAUAGCUGCAUAGUGACAGCAAGGCUUCAGUGGAACUAGGGCUAGGCAGUUUAUCAAUAUUAUAUUAAUACAUUAUAUCAAAGGCUGCAUUACAAUAAAGUGAUGUAAUUUUAUGAACUUUUAGCUAUUCUAUUGCCCCAUUAGUCAUUACUGGUGAUUAUCAAAAAGACACCAGUCGUACCAGAUGUAUUUGGUCAAAAACAUCCUGAUAUUUGAUUUGCUUCAUAUCGCCCAGCGCUGAUAGGGAACCCAUCUAAACACUGAUGCUAUCAUUAUUCUAUAGCAUACAUUGUGCAAUCAACAUUUACUCCUCAAUGAUACGUUAAAACAAAUUGUCUAUUUCCACUUUAAACAGUAUUUCAAAUAAUAAUCUGACUCCAGUCUGCACUGAAGAGAUAAACAUGAAGCACCUAAACUAAACUUUUAAAAAAUGCACUUUGUCCACUUGUGUACACGGUGGACUAAAUCCUGAUUUGGCACCUUAAUCUCUUAUUAUACCAUAAAAUGGCUCUGAGAGACCAAAUCUGUUUUGUAUGACUACAAACUGAACCAGUAUUUUGCCUUUUUUUAUCCUCUGUGUGCUGUCAGGAGGAGGAAUCAAUUUAUCCACUUUUCUAACAAUAUGUGUUGUUUCAUAGUUGGAUGUGUGUAAGGCUCAAAAACCCAGUAGAACAAUCACCCAUUGCUUUCUUCCGCUAAAUUGCACAAUUUGAGCCCCAUUUUUAAGCUUUUGUCCUUUUGAAAAUGCACGUGUUAUAUUUGUUGUCAUGUUUUGUAUUGUUGCUUUAAACUAUGGGAAUUUCUCCCAUCUCUCCUUCUAUGCGCCCACAUAUGCCCCCGUCUGACUCUUACCCCUCUCCUCCAGUUCACUUUUGUAAAAUGAAUGCCUAGACUCAUGAUGUGCACUUCCCAAGACAUGUUUCUGUAAAUGUUAGCAGUGUCCUGUCGGUUCUCUGUCUCAAUUAAUUGCCUACAACAUCUGACAGACAGCUAGACAGGGCUAUAGGGACAUCUUCAGAAGACUGAAAUUGUCGGAAAAAUUAAAACAGACAUUCUUGGAAAAUUCACUUUCUCUUGUGGAAGGAAUUGUUGUGAAGAAGCAGCACAGCAUUCCCUCUGUGGUGGGAAGUCUACCAAAUAACGCUCCUCUUUCUAACUGUUUUCCUCACGCUUUACCGCAUUGAAUCGACAGGACAAUAGUCCCACAACUGUCUCGACCACGGUUCUUCACAAAUAGGGGAGAGACUCUGAUGAAGCUUUGCAGAUAAACCUAUGUGCCUACGUGGCUCGUACGCUUGUUUGAACAGAAUUUCACCGACUCUCGACAGAUGACGAUAAGAGAGAAUUUGCUUUGGAAAUCACACUGUUGAGUGAUUCGUAAGGAAGGCUUGUUCAAACUAAGUUGUGAUGCAUGACCGAGCUCUGCUUUCUGCCGAUGCUAAAAGAUGCCUAGAUACUCUGAAGUUGACUUUGGAAACUUCUGUUGUAAGUCCUUAAACGGAUACCUUGGUGUUCCGAAUUUUAAUGUAUUUUUUUUCACCAGGCACUUGUCACACUACACGUUGGCACCUUUAGCUGUCCGAAAAGCAAUUUAAUGAGUAACCUUGAAAGCAAUGUUGUCUGCUAGCUGUAAGAUAGCUACGAUAGCUUUUUUUUUUUUAUAGCGAAGGAGAGCUUGAUACAUUUUUGCGUAAUGUGACAAGUGCUUGGUCAUGAAAAACAACAAAUUCAAAAUGUUAAGGUAUACCUUUUGUCUAAUACUGCAUGCAAUAAUCAAGACGAACAACUGCUCAUUUUGUACAUACAAUAUUUUGGGCUGGUAUACUUGGCACAGUAGAAGCCAAAUCUGGGAUUAAUUCUUUGUGUAGCAGUAAUAAUACCAGUUCAUUUCCAAGUUGACUGCAACCAUGGGCACAUUUUUGGCUCAUUGCUCUAAACUGUUAUCACAACAAUUGCAGUUAUUCUACGGCAAAUCUUUUGUGCCCUUUUGAUGAAUCCUGGUACUGCGCCCACUUCUUCCUACACCUGCUACAAACUGGCUGUCCACAGUUAGCUUGUUUUAGUCCACAGGUUAGGCUUAAUCCUGCCUCCAGGUAUCCAGCCCACAGUCUUUUACAGUGUGCUCUGUCUUUACUAUAGUCUGUCUGUUUUGAAUGGUUUUAUAUGUUUCUAUCUAUGAAAACUCUGUCUUUACAACUCUUUCCAGACAUCAGUGGAUUGCUUGUUAACAAGACAGACUCAUACGAUAUGUACAAUAGAGUAGUGUUUUUUGAAAUAGAAACAGUUUUAGAGUUCAGCCAGUGUUGCCCAAGUGGCUUUUUGGUACUUUGUUGCAAAAAAUAUGAAAUCAGAACUCAAUAGAGGAAGACAUGCACUUAGUUGAAGGAAUUGCUAAAAUAAUGUCCUGGUUGCAAGGUAAAAAAGUUUUUUUUUUUUUUUUUUUUUUUUGGUGCUGAUAAUGUGUCCAGAUUUGAGGCUUUACAACUAAAUUGUUGUAUAAAGGUGCAUUAAAUUAUUUAAAAUCAACAAAGCUGCUUAAAGGGGCACUCCACAGAUUUUAAGCAUGAAGUUAACUCAUUAUGAGGAGUACAACUCAGCUUAAAAAAUGACGGUUGUGUAAUGUCUUCUGUGGCUCAAAAUAACCCCAACAAUGUCACAGUGAUGUCAUUAGGGUCAUCUCCGACUUGAAGGUGCAGUGUGUGGGAUUCGGCAGGAUCUAAAGCAGAAACAGAAUAUUACAUUCAUAAUUAUGUUUUCAUCAGUGUUUAAUACAAGAAACAAAGCAUUGUGUUUUCAGCUUAGCAUAGAGUGAGCCAUUUAUAUAUCUACGUGGGGACAUGGCCUUUCUUAAUAUUUAGACAUGCCGUUGUCACUCACCCAAUAAAAACAUAAGGACUUUUAUUUGACAAAAUUAAAGACAUUUUCACCGUAAAUUGAUGCAGAAAAAGUGUAAAUUCGUGUAUAUAAAUUCACCAGAGAGCAAGAAAUUAAUAGUUUGAAGCUCAAAAUAUUCUUGUGGAGGACCCCAAAAAUCUCUCGUUUCACGUGUUCCUCCCCAGUGUGAACUGAAACCUGCACCCUUGCUACAUAGGGAGUGUGUCCUCCUCUAUGAAGCCUCCCAUUUUUGGCUCGGAAAGGACAAACCAAACUGGCUCUAGAAAGGGGCCUUUCCCAUUUUUAUGUUAAGUGAAGGCCAUUAGGCGUUCCACAUGCUUGGAAAUGGAGAGGAGAGGUUGCAGUCUGCAACCUCACCACUAGAUGGCACUACAUCCUCCACACUGGUGCUUUAAAAUUUGAACUGUGAACCUGCACUAAAAAAUGGAGGUGUGGGGUUUGGGAAAAAGUGGGCAUUAUUGCAGCUUGGCCUAACUAUAGACUUAAAGUCAGGAUGUUUAAGCCUCUGCUGCACACAUUUUGACCAUCUCUUUUUAUCUGUUUCUUAUGAGCCCCCCAAUGGCAGUAAGAAAUUGCUGGAGUACCCCUUUAAUGAUCUUCUGUCUGUUAGAAAGUAGAAACAGAACCAGCCUGAUCUACUACAAUAUAACUGUCUGAAAAACCUUCAUUUUUAAAUAUUAUGUAUAGCGUGUCUUCUCCCUGAGUUGUGGUUUUAUAUCCAACAGUCAUCAUGUAUCCCAGUUAACCUUGUGCAGUAGAGCUAAGAGCUAACAUUGUGAUCUGAGUAGUUUACCUGAUGUCCUAUUGUGCACAUGUCAUGUCUGUAUCCUUCUCGCUAUACUUCUCGCUAUAGUCCUCACUCGUUUUCUGUAUUUAGACAGAUAGAUGGUUGAAUGUUUCUUACAGCAAUCAGAGAUUCAAAUGUUUUCACUCUACAGCAGCCAGCUUUUUUGGCAAAAAAAACACCUUGUCACAGUUGUAAUAUACUGUAUGUAUAAAUGUUUUUUAAGCUCAUUGACAGUGGAAUUUUCGCCUUCUGUUUUUCUGAUCUAAUUUUUUCCUGUUGGCAGUUUAACCACAAGUUAUGGCUUCGAACAAGCGUGCUUUGCUCUUAACCGUAAAAUGAAGAGUUUUCUUUGUUCCCUGCUUCAAUACAACUCAUGCUUCAGCACCUGUUUUACUGAGUGAUGACAGUGAUCUCUCAGCUAUGGUAUUAAGUUACAGUUGGUUCCGUAGACACAAAUACCAUGGCAUAUAAUGGUCUAACUAUAUUCUCUGCUUUAAUAAAUGGGUAGGUGUUAAUUUAAAGACAAGUAUUUGCAGUGCCAUUUGGUCCCUCACACCCAGGUUUUAAAAAAUAAGCUAUGAUUUCAGUCCUGUAAAAAUCCACCUUGGUCUGACACACCUGACUGACAAUCAGAGGGGAUUGUGGGAAUGAAACUGAUUUACUUGAGGUUGGACUUUCUGCAAAGGAUGUUAAUGUUGACCUAAAACCCAAAACAGUUCAAACUGGUGUUAUUCUGUGUCUACGGAACUGACGUUUCCAUCUACACUAAGUUAUUCUCACACUGCCUGUACAUCUGAAAUGAGUAUCUGUCAUAAACUCUGAUUAAACGUGGUAUGUGUGUGCGUUCGCCUCUGCAGGCUUGCUUUAGAGAGCUAACACUUCCCUUUCCACAGUUCUUGCAAUCUUCAGCUUGUAGCUACCAGCUGUGAAGCAGACAACUUGUGCAAUGUUUAUUUAAAAUCCCAGCUGUUGUUGAGGCUCUGGCUUGAUUUCUAGCUUGAUUUAGAAAAGAUUUAUAUUUUAUACUUGUUUGAGGACAAAACCCAAUAAAUUUUGAUCAAAAGA